GCGGAGGCCAGUUCCCCGGUUCCAGCCGCCGUCGCCUGCGCUGUUCGCAGCCGCCGCCGCCUCCCACCAGCUCGCCCGAGGCCAAGGGAAGGCGCGCGCGGUCUCUCCGGCGUCCCCGCCCCAGCCUCUCGCCGGAACCAUGAACCCUAACUGCGCCCGGUGCGGCAAGAUCGUGUACCCCACGGAGAAGGUGAACUGUCUGGAUAAGUUCUGGCAUAAAGCAUGCUUUCACUGCGAGACCUGCAAGAUGACCCUGAACAUGAAGAACUACAAGGGCUACGAGAAGAAGCCCUACUGCAAUGCACACUACCCCAAGCAGUCCUUCACCAUGGUGGCCGACACUCCGGAAAACCUCCGCCUCAAGCAACAGAGCGAGCUGCAGAGUCAGGUGCGCUACAAGGAAGAAUUUGAGAAGAACAAGGGCAAAGGCUUCAGUGUGGUGGCAGACACGCCCGAGCUGCAGAGGAUCAGGAAGACCCAGGACCAGAUCAGCAAUAUCAAAUACCACGAGGAGUUUGAGAAGAGCCGCAUGGGGCCCAGCGGAGGUGACGGUGUGGAACCAGAGCGCCGGGAGCCCCAGGACAGCAGCAGCUACCGGAGGCCCCCAGAGCAGCAACAGCCUCAGCCUCACCACAUCCCGACCAGCGCCCCAGUUUACCAGCAGCCCCAGCAGCAGGUGACUCCAUCCUAUGGUGGCUACAAGGAGCCCGCAGCUCCUGUCUCCAUACAGCGCAGCGCGCCAGGUGGCAGCGGGAGACGGUACCGUGCGGUGUACGACUACUGUGCCGCGGACGAGGACGAGGUCUCCUUCCAGGACGGGGACACCAUCGUCAACGUCCAGCAGAUCGACGACGGCUGGAUGUACGGGACCGUGGAACGCACCGGCGACACGGGGAUGCUGCCAGCCAACUACGUGGAGGCCAUCUGAGCCCCCCCCCAGGCCGCCCCACCCUCUGUCUUCAAUGCAUUCCAUGGCAUCACAUCUGUCCUGGGGUCUGACCCGUCCACCCUUCAGUGUCUCUGUCUUUUAAGAUCUUCGACCGCUUCUUUACCCCCCCCGCCCCGCCUCCGGCUUCUUUUGCCAACCCGAGCCCUGUUCCGCCACUGUUAAUGGACCCCUUCCUCUGGCAGGGUUUUUCCCUUGGACCAAUCAACUGAUUGAUUUUUCUCUCUGGAAGGGCACUGGCUGGGCACCCUGGGGAGGGCAGGAUUGUUCUGAGGAGGAGAGGCUCACAGGGCUGGGCUGAGAGGAAAGACCCGGGAAGGAGAGAAGUCAGGCGGGGCGCAGUGGUACACACCUUUGAUCCCAGCGUUUGGGAGGCAGAGGCGGGUGGGUCUCUUGAGUUCGAGGCCAGCCUGGUCUACAGAGUGAGUUUCAGGACAGCCAGAACUAAGUCGGGAGACCCUGUCUCUGGGGAGGGGAAGGGGUUGGUCAGCUCUCAGCCUCACUUCCUGCCUUAGGCCCUUCAGCACGCCUGGCCCAGCUCCCCAGACACCCUUCAUCCCAGAGCUGGGUUGAGCCCCAUACUCCCCAUACCUCCAGGUGGGGCUCCACAUAUUUCCAGGGGGUGGGUACUGAGGCCUCAGUUAUCUAGGGACCAGUGUGACGGGCUGAAUCUCUGCCCCUGUGUGGGACCCCUCACACACUGAGUGUGCCAUCCUGCCCACACAAACAUAGGGCAUCCAAAGAGCUCUGCAGGAGGCGCAGCUCCGGUCAAGCUCUUACCUUUGUCCUGGAGGCAGCAGCAGGAAGGAGGGGGACCUUCCACCCAGACCUAUUUGCCUCGUGCCUCCCCCAGCCUGCAGGGACUCUCUUCAUCUCCCUGGCUGGGCGCCUGCUGCGAAGGGUAGAGCAAGGGAUGCCUUUGGGACCUGAGUUAACUGAGGUGUUUCUUCCUGCUCCCCUGGGAAGAGGUCUCCUAUGGCCUUCCCUGCCCAGAACAAGGCUUGAUGAGCUUGGAGCUCUGCAGAGCCAGAGGAUGAGAACAGCACUCGCUCACUGCGGAGGAGGGGGAAGUCUGAGUUAGAUACAGAUACGUGCUUUCCUGGUUUUUUGUGUGUGUCUGACGCUACAGAGUGCGGUACCAGGAGGACCAAAUCACCCACACUGGCACCUCCCCCGAGGCUCUCCUGUCCCUGGAGAGGGUCCAGGGCUCCAAAGCCGGCAGCACCGUCUCUGGGCUGGAGCUAUACUCAGGUUCCUUCUUCGCCCUGGGGUCUAGGACAGUCCCCCGCACGGCUUCAUUCAUCUCUGGGUUUUCUUGCCAGCCCUCCUGGCUUCCCUGACUCUCAUCUCCGUCUGAGUCUGACGAAGGCAUCGGUCGGUCGGGUCAGCAAUGCGGUUAUCAUGAGGGCUUACUAGAGUAACCAUCUUCCUGCCUGGUCAAUCUCUUUACCUCUGACCCCAGCCUGGGUAAAGGUGGGAAGGGGUGUCCUUGUUGGACAGUAUGGGGAGAACCUUGCCGAAGCACCUCAGGAGCCCCCGGGGAGGCGCCAGUCCAUUCCAUUUCCUCUUGAUCUCAAAGCACAAUGUGGUCCUGGGGGCCAGAGGUCAGGGACACUUGCUCUUGGAGGGCCUGUGUUCGGAAGGUGCCACGAGCCUCCUGGUUCCACUCAGCCGAACCUCCGUUCCCAACAUCUCAAGCCAGCUGCUCUUCUACUGCCCUAGAAAUGGGGGAAACUUUCACACACCCGCAGAGGGGAGAGGGACUAUCAAAGGUGCUGAGGGCCCCAGGGCUGCUGGAGUCCAUAAACAUUCCCAGAAGCAUCUACCCCUAGAAGGGCACAGAAGCCCCAAGCCCGCGGUCUCUUCCUCAGUGAAGGUCUUUCAGCCAAUCAAAACCCAGGAGAGAAGGCACCUUGGCUAGACUGUGAACUUCACUUUUGUGGACCAAUCCUGUAAUGCAAGGAGCCCCAUCCCAUGGUGAGGGACAUGCGUCCUCCCCACACCGCUUCCUGUUUUCCCUCCUCGUGUCCCUCCAGGGAACAUUUUAUUUCCUAAUAGCUGGACACAAGACAAAAAGUUCCACCCCACAAAGCCUGUAUUUAAAAAGAAACAGAAGUGUCCCUGUGAAGUUUGCCUCUGUCCAACAUUUCAUCUGUGAGUGAGUGAGUGUGUGUGUGUGUGUGUGUGUGUGUGUGUGUGUCCGCCCACUCAUCUUUUAUAUGGGGUUGUUGUCUUUCUUUGGUCUGUUGGGUCCUCUCCCUCCCGGCCUUGCGCUGGGGAUCAGUUCUUUCUGUCCUGUUAUGAUUCUCAACAUUGACUUGAACCACAAAGUGAAUCUUUAUCCUGGUGACUCAAAUAAAAGUAUAAUUUUUACCUGCA